AUGUUGUUCAGCACAUUGUCAGAUCCCAGCCCAAAUGAGUCCAAUACCCAGAGGGAGCGUGGGAUUUUUCGCAGCAACUCUCCGUUUCGUUACGCUGAACUGCUGGACAUUGUUGACUUGAAGGUACACGGCUCACUCGGUGCCGAUAGGGAGCUCACGAGAGAUUCGAGGUCUCCCAGGGCAUGGAACACUGACGAACGGAUGGAUUCUGUACGAGAUCUCGUUGUAGAUCGAGAAGGUUCGCGCCGAGCACGAUGA